AUGGCUGAUAUCACUUCCAUCAUCUCUGCACCAUCUGAUUCUGGCACUGGUGCUGCUAAUUCCACCACCUCUGCCUCUCCUCCUCCCAUUCCUUCCAACUCUGGUGCUGGCACUGCUAAUUCUGCCACCUCCACCCCUUCUCCUUCUGUUUCUUCUGCUUUUGUCUCCUUCAUAGCACAUCUUUUUCCACCUCAUGAAGGAUUCAAUGAUGACUCUAUAUCUAUAUAUCAUCAAAAUGAGGAUGAUGAUGCUGAUAUUGAUGAUGAUGAUGAUGAUGCUGCUGUUGAUGAUGCUGUUGAUGAAGAUGAGGCUAUAAAUGUAAUGUGCACUUUAACACUUAGCAUCAAGAACUGUCUUCAGCUUGCCAAAGCAAUUGUUGACAGAGCUUCUGAAAAUAUGCAUAUGAUGCUUGUGAUCACAGCUUCUCAGAUGAUGGCAGAAAUAUAUAGAAAGGUGAUUGCACACACCACAGUGGUGGUAAACUCUGACAAGUUCCACUCUGAGAAGGAUAAACAAUUAGAAAAGAAUGCUCUUGAGAAUAUUAUUGACAUUGCCACAUUGCAGCAACACAGUAUAUAA